AGAAGGGCGAGGGUUGUGAUCUGAAUCACAUGAUGGUGUUUGGACUGUGAUUGAAGAAGCCCAUCAAGGCAAUUCCCUUCUUUUUCGUUUAGUUUUAUCAAGGAAGGAAUUGCUUCGGCAUGAGGCCAUCUGCGUAAAAAGAAAAUACUAAACCCAGAAAAGUGAUAUUGCGGCUCGGGGCUCAGCAAAGCAACGUAAUUCCUCCCCUGUUAGAUUCUCAUCCCCCAUAACUAGGUGUUAGCCCUUGUAAGCAAAAUGCAAACCCUCUGCUACCCGUCUCUCCCGAGCGAGCCUGCUUUGACAAACCACGAACAUCCCACCAGAAUUCUCAUUAUGCCAGUUAAGAUACCCCGGACGGUACUAUUUUCCCCUCUAAUUUUCUUUUCUUUCCUAAUCCGUGUUUCGUACUCCGCGUUUACAAUAACAAACAACUGCCCCUAUACCAUAUGGCCUGGUACCCUAGCAGGUGCAGGCACCCCGCAACUUGCAAGUACUGGAUUUCGCCUGGAUUCUGGUUACAGCAUGCGCAUUCCAAGUGUCCCAGGGUGGUCAGGACGGAUAUGGGCAAGGACAGGUUGCACAUUUGAUGAGUCUGGAAACGGCACCUGUCAAACUGGGGACUGCGGGGGUAGGCUGGAAUGUAAUGGCAUGGGUGCUUCUCCACCCGCAUCGCUCUUUGAGGUAACCCUUGGCACAGGGGAUGCCAAAGAUUACUAUGAUGUCAGCCUCGUGGACGGCUACAAUUUGCCUCUUGUUGCCGCACCUGUUGGGGUUCAUGGUGCGUGCAAUGCCACUGGCUGCCUUUCAGAUAUCAACAUGGGUUGCCCAAAGGAACUUCAGGUGGCCGGGGGUGAUGUUGGAGAGGGAGGGGUGGUUGCAUGUAAGAGUGCAUGUGAGGCCUUUGGGCUGGACCAGUACUGCUGCGGCGGGGAGUUUGCCAACCCAACCACAUGCCAGCCCUCCUUUUACUCGACCAUUUUCAAGCGAGCUUGUCCAAGGGCUUAUAGCUAUGCUUUCGACGAUGGUACCAGCAUUUUCACUUGCAAGGCUGAUGACUAUGCCAUCGUUUUCUGCCCCCCAGCCAAAGGGAUAAAGAAACCUGAUGGGACACACGCAGCUACCAUGAUUCCCAAUCCCGGUAAUGGGGAGACAAUGAAGCUGGUUUCCUCCUCAAACAUACUCCAGCCUCUUCCACUGCUGUUCCUUCUUCUCAUCCUCUAUCUAACGUUAUGAACAUGGAUGGAAGCCUUGCCAGGAUGGAGCAAUUCCACAAAACACAUUCUUGCAUGUAUCUGAACGGUGAACUGCACAAAUCUUGCGCAAUGAUUGGCCUCAGAAUACACUCAGCCAAGAGCCCUAAGAGCUAUUCCAUAUAAAUGCAUCCUUUCGCACAAUGAAGUUGUAAUAGAAUCGGUUCACAAUUCUAUUAGAGCAUGUGAAUCAAGGCAGCAAAUUAGCUGUCAAAUUGAAUUAGUUUAUAGUGGUUCUAUUGUAGAAGCGGCAAAUUGGUAGGUUGCGACCAGACACCAAUUUAUUGGUAUGAAAAACGAAUGUAAAAUAA